GCGAGCGCAGAGCGAUUGCUUCUGUCUGUUGUGUAGUUAUGUUGUCAAACAAGCGAAGAGGCAGCGGGAACUGGGGUCGGGGCCUAGCUCGGUGCUGGUCGUAGUGGGCUAUGGGGGAGCCCGGCUCCUUGGUUCCGAGAGACUGCCGCGGGGGCCGAAGCUGGUGCUUGCGGCGCGUGGGGAUGGACGCCGAGUGGCUCCUGCUGGAGGAUGGAAACGAGGUGACUUUAGGACGAGGACUUGGUGUUACAUACCAGCUGGUAUCAAAAACCUGCCCUUUGAUGAUUUCCCGAAACCACUGUGUUUUGAAGCAGAACACUGAGGGCCAGUGGACAAUUACGGACAACAAGAGUUUGAAUGGUGUUUGGCUGAACAAAGUACGUCUCCAACCUUUAGAGGUCUAUUCUAUCCAUAAGGGAGACCACAUCCAGCUUGGGGUGGCUCUGGACAAUAAGGAGAAUGCAGAAUAUGAAUAUGAAGUUACUGAAGAAGACUGGGAGAAGAUACAUCCUUAUCUGGCCUCGAUAAGUGACCAGUUGAUGGAAAAAAAUAAGGGCUUGAGAACUAAAAGGAAAUGUAGUUUGGAUGAAUUAGAAGCUCCUGAAGCUGAAGGCCCCUCACAUUUGAAAUCCAAAAUAAAUAGAAUGUCUUGUGAACCUGGUCAACCACUGAAGACACACGGGAAAGGUGAAGUGGCCAGCCAACCCUCUGAAUACCUGGAACCUAAGCUGACUUCUCUUCAGCCAGGUGAGCACACCACAGGGCCUCAUGAUUACUCGGGCCCCACCGAAGUCCUGGAGCUUCAGCAAAAGGAGCAGAAAGUCUCAGACCCAUUAGUAUCUCAGAGCAGGUUAGAGCUCAUCAAGGUGACCAUGUCUAGGAUUCUGAAGCUCAAAACACAGAUGCAGGAAAAACAGGAAGCCGUUCUGAAUGAGAAAAAGCAGACCCAAAAAGAGGACUCUAAGAAUAUUGUGCAAAUGGAGCAGGAAUUGCAGGACUUACAGUCACAGCUCUGGGCAGAGCAGGCCCAGCAGCAGGCCCGAGUGGAGCAGCUGGAGAAGACUUUCCAGGAGGAGCAGCAGUAUCUCCAGGGUUUGGAGAAAGAGCAAGGAGAAGAGAACCUGAAGCAGCAGCUGGCCCAGGCUCUGCAGGAGCACUGGGCUCUAAUGGAAGAGCUAAAUCGCAGCAAGAAGGACUUUGAAGCCAUCCUUCAAGCCAAGAACAAAGAAUUGGAGCAGACCAAGGAAGAGAAGGAGAAGGUACAAGCACAGAAAGAGGAGGUUCUUAGCCACAUGAAUGACGUGCUAGAGAAUGAGCUCCAGUGCAUUAUUUGUUCAGAAUACUUCAUUGAGGCUGUCACUUUGAACUGUGCCCACAGUUUCUGCUCCUUCUGUAUCAAUGAAUGGAUGAAGCGGAAGGUUGAAUGCCCCAUUUGUCGGAAGGACAUCAAGUCCAAAACCCCCUCCCUGGUUCUGGACAACUGCAUUAGUAAAAUGGUAGAUAAUCUGAGUUCAGAAGUAAAAGAACGACGAAUUGACUUAAUUAAGGGACGAAAAGCCAAGAGACUGUUGUGAAGACAGUGCUUCAAGGGCCUUUGACAGACCGCCAGGCGGUGGAAGCUUGGGUGGCCUGGAGGGUCUCCACGCUCUGGCCUUGGGCUGUGCAGAGACAGC